CAUGGGUUCAAUAACAGGUAACGGAACAAUCGACUUUAACGAGUUUCUGAGGAUGAUGUCACGCACAACGAUUGGCAGUGGCAACAAUGAAGAAGCUAAAAAAAGGCGAAUGGAAGCUGAAAUGCGUCAGGCGUUCAAAGUAUUCGAUAUUGAUGGUAAUGGAGUUAUUGAUGCCCAAGAAUUACGCCUCACAAUGAACAAUCUUGGUGAAAAAUUAAAUGAAAAAGACAUUAAAGCAAUGAUUAAAUCAGCAGAUAAGGACGGAGAUGGAAAAAUUAAUUACGAAGGUAUCUAA